UCCUCCACUCCGCUUCACCCCCAAAUCAAAUCCCCUUCUCCCAUUUUUCCUCUCCUCGCUUCUCGCCGCAGCCGCCGCCGCCUCCUCCUCCUCUCGCCAUGGCCGCCGCUGCUCCCCCCGCGGGCCCCGGGCUCUACUCCGACAUCGGCAAGAAGGCUAGAGAUCUCCUGUAUAGGGAUUACCACACGGACCAGAAGUUCACGCUCACCACCUACGCCGCGAACGGAGCUGCAAUCACUGUUGCUGGCACGAAGAAAAAUGAGUCCAUCUUCUCUGAAAUCCAGAGCCAGGUGAAGAACAACAAUGUGUCCGUGGAUGUGAAAGCAACUUCAGACUCAAAAUUGAUAACUACAUUCACAGUUCAUGAUCUGGGCACUCCAGGCCUGAAGGGAAUUCUAUCCAUUCCUUUUCCCUACCAGAAGUCUGCAAAGGCUGAAGUCCAGUACUUGCAUCCACAUGCUGGCCUGAAUGCUAUUGUUGGCCUGAAUGCAAAUCCUCUUGUUAGCUUUUCUGGUGUGUUUGGAACUGGGGCUUUUGCUGUUGGUACUGAUGUUGCAUUUGAUACUGCAACUGGGGACUUCACCAAGUACAAUGCGGGACUGAGCCACACUACUCCAGAUCUCACUGCAGCACUGCUUCUGAACAACAAGGGAGACAGCCUUGCUGCUUCCUACUACCACAAGGUGAGCAAAACAAGUGCUGUUGGAGCAGAGCUGGCUCACAGCUUCUCGAGCAACGAGAACACUCUCACCUUCGGGACACAGCAUGCCCUGGAUGAACUCACUACUGUGAAGGCGCGCUUCAACAACUUUGGCAUGGCCAGUGCGCUCAUCCAGCACGAGUUCAGGCCCAAGUCGCUCGUCACCAUCUCCACUGAGGUUGAUACCAAGGCCAUCGACAAGAGCUCCAAGGUUGGGCUGUCCCUGGUCCUCAAGCCUUGAAGGUCGCCUGCUUUUUCUGGUUUGGUUUAGGAUGCUAGCUUUUGAUAUCAGCAGCUCAUUGAACAAAACUUGUAAUCGGCUUAACUUUGGUUGCCUCUAGCCUGUUCUAGACUACAUGAGGGUUUCUGUUACCAGUCAAUCUGUCUCGGUUUCUUUUUGGUCAUUUGCGGGCAUAUUGAUGGGAAAACAUGUCCCGGAAUCUGAGUGUCAAAACUCUUGGGUGAAAUUGGUCACGUACUUCAAAGUUCACCCUCUGAAUCCAGCUGCAGAUACUUCUGUUUGAUUCAAAACCAUAUUUCUUCUCUAACUAGGCUACUUUGAA